AAUUAGGAUAGAGAAGCAGUGAUAGAGAGAGAAAGAGGAAACUGUCUUCUUUUACUACUUUUUUUGCUUGUGGAGAGAGAAGCAAAGGAAAGGGUUUCGUUUCGCCGUGAGGAGCUUAUGAGUUCUGAAUCUGCGAGUUGGGAAAGGAAGUAUUUUUACUUAUUUUUUUGAGAUUUUUUUUUUCAAAAAAGAUCAGAUUUUUUGGGGAAGAAAGGAGGGCGGCGCAUCUUAGCGCCGAUCAUGAGGUUGCACUGUGGUUUUAACCGUACUAUAGUGGCCGUGGCGCUUAUUUGCUGCUGCGUAUUGUGCGCUGGUGCGGCGGCGGUUGUCGGCGAAGUGACGAGGAAGCAGAUCGCUGUGGAGAAGCGCCUGCGAAGGAUCAACAAGCCGGCCUUGAAGAGCAUUCAGAGUCCUGAUGGAGAUGUGAUAGACUGUGUUCACAUUGCUCACCAGCCUGCAUUUGACCACCCAUUUCUUAAAAAUCACACAAUCCAGAUGAGGCCUGCUUUCCAUCCAGAAAGCCUUUAUGAUGAGAGCAAGCUAGUUUCACACUCCGGUGCAAAGAAACAGAACACGGUAGCUCAGCUUUGGCAUCAGAAUGGGAGAUGCCCAGAGGGCACAAUACCAAUAAGAAGAACUAAGGGGGAAGAUGUUCUAAGAGCUAGCUCAGUUAAGAGAUAUGGAAGAAAGAAGCAUAGAACCAUACCAAAGCCAAGAUUUGCGGAUCCUGAUCUCAUCAAUGAGAGUGGCCAUCAGCAUGCAAUUGCUUAUGUUGAAGGCGAUAAGUAUUAUGGAGCCAAGGCAAUUAUAAAUGUCUGGGAACCAAAGAUUCAACAGUCCAAUGAGUUCAGUCUCUCCCAGCUCUGGAUCUUAGGGGGUUCCUUUGGUGAAGACCUCAACAGCAUUGAAGCUGGUUGGCAAGUCAGUCCUGAUCUCUAUGGUGAUAAUAACACCAGACUGUUCACUUACUGGACUAGUGACGCCUAUCAAGCAACGGGCUGCUAUAAUUUACUGUGCUCUGGGUUUAUUCAGAUCAACAGUGAUAUUGCAAUGGGGGCCAGCAUCUCCCCUAUCUCUGAUUAUAGUGGCUCACAAUAUGACAUCAGCAUACUUGUUUGGAAGGAUCCAAAGGAAGGAAAUUGGUGGAUGCAAUUUGGUAGUGAUUUGGUGCUAGGUUACUGGCCUUCUUUCCUGUUCUCCUAUCUAGCAGACAGUGCCUCCAUGAUUGAAUGGGGAGGAGAAGUGGUGAACUCUCAGCCAGAUGGAGAACACACAGCAACAGAAAUGGGAAGUGGUCAUUUUCCUGAAGAAGGAUUUGGCAAAGCAAGCUAUUUCAGAAAUAUUCAGAUAGUUGAUGAAUCUAAUAACCUCAGGUCUCCUAAAGGUGUUGGAACUUUCACAGAGCAAUCUAACUGCUAUGAUGUGCAAAAUGGAAAUAAUGGUGAUUGGGGGAGUUACUUUUACUAUGGUGGUCCUGGAAGAAACUCCAAUUGUUAAUAUGGGAAAAAAAACCCAAAAUUUAGCCUUUAGUUCUGUCACUCCCCCCUUUGUACCAUUCAAUGUGAACUAAAGAUCUUAAUUUACUGAGAGAUUUUGGUUCUUAAUUUUUCAAUGAUCCAUAUGCUCUCUCCCACACACAAAUGGUUGGAGAGAAGGGAGGUCAGGUUUCUUAAGAGAAACAAGGCCUGUAACUGUUUGGACCUUAUGUAACUUGUGACUUCAGUCUUGGAAUGAUUUGUUCAAAGUUCAGAUUGUGUAACUGGUUUUAGAUUGUUUAAUGAUAUAAGAAGUUCUGUCA